AUGAAAGUUAUAAUUCUAGUUUGCGCCUUAGUGGCGUCGAUUAACGCCUUCACUCUAACGAGAGAUGUCCCAAAAGAUCUGGUUGCUCAAGUUUUACCAAUCAUUGAUGGCGAGGCACCAAUUGAGAUAGAAAUCGAUAACCUUCCAUCGAUCACGCUCCCAGAAUCCCCGACAGCUGAAACUCUUCCAAUCGUCGAUGGAGAAUCCCCAAUAGUCGAAGCCCCAACUGGUGAGAACCUCCCAAUCAUCGAUGGAGAAUCCCCAAUUGAAGCCCCAACUGGCGAAAACCUCCCAAUCAUUGGUGGAGAAACCCCAUCCUUAGAAAUUGGAAACCUUCCAUCGAUUGGAGAUUUAUUCCCGAUUGUAGAAGAAAUUGAAACCUCAGUACCAGAAAACCCCAUCAUCCACGGCGGAGAAUCCCCAACCAUCGAAGUCGGAAAUCUCCCAUCAAUCGGAGAUCUCUUCCCCACCUUAGGAGGUGGCCAAAUUGGAAACUUGCCAUCGAUUGAUUGGGAUCUCUUCCCAUGUGUACCCAUCGAAGAAAUUGAACACCCUGUAGAAAUCCCAAUUGAAAUUAACCCAAACCCUCUCCCACUCCCAAUCGACCCCGAAAUUGAAAUCAACCCAAACCCCCUCCCACUCCCAAUCGACCCAGAAGAUGGAAACGUUGAAAUCAACCCCAACCCACUCCCACUUCCAAUCGAACCAGAACACCCAGAAGUCGAAAUCGAAUACAUCCCCGAAAUCCCAAUCGAAAUCAACCCAAAUCCACUUCCUCUUCCAAUCGAACCAGAAGAUGGAGGAUCCAUUGGAAUUAAUCCAGUCCCUCUUCCACUUCCAAUCGAACCAGAACACCCAGAAGUCGAAAUCGAAUUUAUCCCCGAAAAUCCCAUCAAUGUUAAACCACAACCUCUCCCACUUCCAAUUAACCCAAUCGAACCCGAAGUUGAAAUUGAAUGGGUACCAGAACCUGAAGUUCCAGAAAUGCCAGAAAUCGAAUGGAUGCCAGAACCCGAAGGUGUAAAUCCAUCUUUACCCAACCCAUUGCCACUACCACUUCCACUUGAACCAGAAAUGCCAGAAAUCGAAUGGUUGCCAGAACCAGCCCCAGAACAAACACUCCCACAAGUUUUACCCCUUCCAAUCAGGCCAGAAAUUGAAUAUAUUCCAGAGCAAGAUAUUGAUGGUUAUGAAGCGGGAUAUGAUGGUUCCAACAUCAUCUUUUAA